GGUAGGCCACUUUAGAGUUAAGGGCUCGAAAAAUCUCUAGGCUGUUCAAAUAUAUCAGGCUAAAUUUAAUCACGAUUUGCUGAUUCAGUUCCUAAAACUCCCAUUGUACGGCUGUUGCUGGGGGAAGAAAGAGAUUUUUUCCUUCUUCAACUGGGGCGGGAACUUGUGACUCACUAACUUCCUCGCUAAGCGCAUGGAGCUGAGGACGCGGAUCACUCUCCGUCUGUCCGAGCAGAAAACACAGCGGCUCACUCCUGCAGGCUGCGGCCGGGAAAGAAAGACCGGGAAUAGGCACUGAAGGACGACAAAACACAGCUCCUUUUGAAUAUCCGAGAGCAAAGCGGCAACAGGGAAGCCGUGGCAGACAGUAUCAGGCAGCUUUUCUAGAAAUCGACCAGGGCAACAUGAGUGAGCGCUUUGACUGUGACAACUGCAAGGAAUCCCUGUAUGGCAGGAAAUACAUUCAGUCAGAGGACAACCCAUACUGCAUCCCCUGCUACGACAGCCUGUUCGCCAACACCUGCGAUGAGUGCAAAGAACUUAUUGGUCACGACGCAAGGGAGCUGUUUUAUGAAGACAGACACUACCAUGAGCAUUGCUUUCGCUGUUUCCGCUGUGAUCGCUCUCUGGCUGAUGAACCCUUCACCAGCCAGGAUGAUGCCCUGCUCUGCAACGACUGCUACUGCAACGAAUUCUCCUCCAAAUGCGUGGCCUGCGAUAAGACUGUCAUGCCUGGCACUAGGAAGCUAGAGUACGGUGGCUCCACAUGGCAUGAGGGCUGUUUCAUUUGUAACAGCUGUGAGCAGCCUAUUGGCUCCAAGUCUUUUAUCCCAGAUAAGGAUGACCACUACUGUGUACCCUGCUAUGAGAAUAAGUUUGCCCCUCGCUGCACCCGAUGCAAACAGGUCUUGACCAAAGGUGGAGUGACCUACCGUGAUGAGCCGUGGCAUAAGGAGUGCUUUUUGUGUACAGGCUGUAAGGUCCAGCUAGCUGGCCAACACUUCACCUCCCGAGACGAUAGUCCAUACUGUCUCAAGUGCUUUGGAAACCUCUAUGCCAAGAAGUGUGAGGCGUGUAGCAAACCAAUCACAGGUUUUGGUGGAGGAAAGUACAUCUCAUUUGAAGACCGGCAGUGGCACCAGACGUGCUUCAUGUGCACCAGGUGCUCCGUGUCACUUGUGGGGGCUGGAUUCUUCCCUGAGAGAGAUGAGAUACUGUGCCGUGACUGCAACAGCAAUCUAUAGAGCCUUCAUCCACUCUCUAAACACACACAUACAUAGACAAACACAUGCCUGCAUGCCUCCACACUUACAGACUCACAGAAUUCAUAGCUUUCACCCACAGUGAUCCUGCUCAGUAAGCACAAGCUUAUUCCUAUUUGAUACUCAAUCAGGGCACAAACAGACAACAUUGUCAGCAUGUUCUAGGCAUGUGCUGGAGUACACUUGUUCUCUGGUAUAUUUGUUGCUGUAGAAAAGGGCAGGUCACUCAUUACAAUGGAGUGACACAACUCCCAAAAGGUCUGUGAAAGAUAAGGCUUGGAAAAAAUACAUCUCUGCAGACUUGUGCCUUAUAAGCUAAUGUACUGCACACCUUUUGGUGUUUUUAAGCAUUUUGUAUUAUCUUUUGCCAAUUUCCUACUUUUUUUAAACAACAAGCCAAAGAACAUUAUAAAGAUCAACUCAAAGUGCCAAACUGUCUUCAAGACCUUGUAGAUUCCCCAGUUGGCUGGUCAACUGCUUGCUUUGGUAGGGUAGAAAGGAGCCAGUCAUUUUUUUCUGUUCAGGGACAGUGUGGCUGCACUACACACAAUAUGCACACCUGAAGCUUGGAGCAGUGAUUUACUGUAGAUGAACCUCCUAUGAUGUCUCAUUCCUAGGACCUCAAAAGGGAGAUGGUUUUAACAGCUUUAAUCUAAAUUAGUCAAAAAUCCACCCAUUUUUGCCCUGCAGAACUGAUUACUAAUGAGUACUUGCAGCCAAUAAAACGCCUAUAACAGAUCUAUAAACAUCAAAGAUCAGAGAGUCUUGUUAAAUGAGAUUCGCCAUUUUCCAAAUGUUCCAAAUGUUUAUUGUGUGCUGCGUUGCACAAAAGUAGCAGCCACAGGAACACCCAGUGGUAAAGUAAUAGAAAAAAGUAAAAGUUGAGUAUUUGAGUGCUGUAGUCUGGUGAGCAUUUUUGCAAUGUUUAUUUGUAUUUUUCACUGUUUUGUUACAGAGCGUAUUGUAACUUUGCAGUCCAAAUGCUUUUGAUACUCUAAUGGACUAUUCCAAAUACUUGUGUGUUUAACUGACCAAAAAGUGUCUUUUACCGAAAUGUGGGAAAUGAAGUUUGUGAUGUGUUUUAGAGAAAGCAUUCAUGCAUUUGCACUAUACCUUGAAAUGUAGUGUAUCCUGUGCACAGACAGUAGUCAAAUUCAAAGACACAGCAUGCAUACACUGUAUAUAAACAGAACACAUACCACUCCCUAUUCCCUAUCUGCUUGCUGUUCUUUGGUCUAACAUAUACUUGCUCACUGCUCUACACGCAUAGCUAUUUUUCUGUAGUCUUUUAGAUGUUAUGUGCUUUACUUUUUUUUUCUUUGAGCCAUAUUUGCUAAGAGUGAAUGAUUGGGCGAGUCCCAUAAAAUGUAUGUUGCAAUAUGAAUAUGUCAGCAGGAUGGUAUGCAUGCUAUUCUCUUACUGUUUAUUUCCUUUCCUGACCUGAUGAUUGAAUGAUGAUUGCUCUAUUACUGAAGAGAAUAUUACUGAUUUCACCAUUAGAAUAUUUCUAAAUAUAUGUAUUCACUUUGAGCUUUGAUGCUGGCUAGUCAGAGUUAGCUAAUGCUUUUUUUAUUUGUUUGUGUUUAGAAAGAUGUAAUACAGACAUUAAGAUUGGGAGUGUGAAAAAAAUACUCAUUCAGAUGCAAAGAUGUUUGCUGAUAUCAUUUGUUAAUAAAUAUUUUAUGAAUGAAUCUA